AUGUCGUCUCCAACACACAACUGCUGCCUUCCGAAGCAACAACAACCGCAAACAACAGCAGGGGAACUGGCAAGCGUCAUGCAGGAAUUGCGUCAACGAUUCAACAAACCGUCGCACCCGAACGAUGUGCCAGUUCAGCCUGUGCAGAAGGAGAAGCAGAAAGAACGGCUUAGCUUUUUCCAGAGGAAGGAUGCCUUCAUGAAGGAGUGUCAAAAGCGUUUCGCAAGGCGUAUUUUCGUUCCGAUCGUGGUCCGGAGUGCAGCCGAACUUCUCAACGACAGGAAACUGUUUCCGGUGGAGGAGUAUUGUGAUCGUCCAAGUUCGCAAUACAAUUGCGAUUAUGGCUGUCAGCAUACCAAAUCCUGCGAAGCUCUAUUCGCGUAUACUCCUGAGCAGAUGGAGCUUGCUGCCAGAUUUGCUCCCGAAACUCCGGAUUUCUUGACAAAAAAGUCCAAGCUGGAAACCUUGGAGAAACCUGAUGAUGAGGAGAAAUCGCCUAAGUACUGUGCUGAGGCCAAUGAUCAACGUGUCUGCUCUGACAAACAUCUUGCCGAGCUCGACCCAAAGCAACAACUGCAGACGACAACAGAAGAUCUGACGAGUGUCAUCCAGGAAUUGCGUCAACGAUUCGACAAUCGGACGACCGCGAAUGAUGUGCCGGUUCAACCUGUACAGAAGGAGGAGCAGGAAGAACAGCUCAACUAUCGUCAGAGGAAGGAUGCUUCCGUAAAGAAAUAUGGCUACUAUUUUUGGACCAGGAGCGCGCUUGAACUUUUCAACGACAGGGAGAAAUUUCCAGUAGGUGAUCGUCCAAGCUCGCAAUAUGAGUGCGCUAAUGGUGGUUGUUGUCAGCAUACCCAGUCCUGCCCAUCUUUAUUCGUGUAUUCUCCUGAGCGGGUGAAGUUUGCUGCUGAAUUUGAUUCUGUUCCAGAUUUUUUGAAGAAAAAGUCCGAAAGGGAAACCAUGGAGAAGCUUGAUGAUGAGGAUAGAUUGUCUGUGUACUCCGAGUACAUUGAUAUUGAUCAACAUAUUGAUCAAUGUACUUACUACAUUAAUCAUCCUGCGUUCUCUAGCCGCCGACUUACUGCCAGGUCCAAUGACUACCUCACUCCACUAGACACUCCUUCACUUGAUGCCGUAACCGCAAAUGGUCGAAGCGAUAAGGCAGCAGCCAGCAAUUUGACAUCUUCUGAUGACUACUUUGGGCAGUCAUCUGAAAACUUCGGUCUUGAGCCUCUUCUGGGUUCACUUGAGGAUAUCAAUUCUACAGAAACUUGCUCUCAAACUACCAAUGAGAAAAUUGAUUGGUAUUGGAAAAAUGUAUCGUCGGAAAGUGUAUAUAUUUCGUGGGAAAGUAUACACACCAUGAAAGAGGAGCUUGAUCCGGUAGAGGGGCAAUUCUAUGACUACUCGCCUUUGCCCUCUCCCUCAUUCGACGACUUUUUCAUUGGAUCGGCGUCUGUGGCGUAUUUUGAUGUGGAUAAGUGUAAGGAAAUUACGCCACUUAAAAUUAUCCUCUAA